AGAAAGAAUCGAUCGGUUCCGCCUCCGUCCGUCCGUCCGUCCAUCCGUACUCCCGUUUGAUCGUCUUCUUAUCGUCGGCGAUAAGGGUUUAGGGUUUAGUUUGUGUCCGGUGGAUUUCAAUUAGGUUUAAUUUGAUGGAGGACCCAAAUCCCUCUUCUCUAAUUGAUCAAGUAGGCGGCGCCGACACGAUCAUCACUCCCACGGUGGUCACCUCUUCUUAUACAGAAGAAUCGUCGAAACCGAAAGUGGAACAAGAAGACGAAGACAAUGAGUUGAGGAAACUACUUGUCCCUGACAUUGCAAAUCUCCCCCUUUCUCCUCCCUCCGCCGUUGAAUGCAACUUUGUCUCUUACUUCGCUCCAGAUUUCAUCAAACCUGGGCACGAUCAGUAUAUUUAUCGUCACGCAAAUGGGCUGUGUGUGGUUGGCUUAGCACCUAUGCACCUGGCUUUGAAGGAUGAUGGUGGGAUUACAGCAGUUGAUUUCAAUGUUGGAAAGUCUGAUCGAAGUGGAAUUAAGGUGACUGGGAAGCGUAAAAAGAACGCGCAGCACUUGGAGCCCAAUUCGGCCCUAUGUAAAGUUUCUACAAGCAACUCCUCGUACAUGGUCAGAUGCUGCAUAAAGGGAUCAUUGCUUGAAGUGAAUGACAGAUUAAUGAAGCAACCUGAAUUGCUAAAUUUAUCAGCGGAAAGGGAGGGUUAUAUAGCCAUCGUGAUGCCAAGACCAUCAGAUUGGCUUAAAGCGAAAGACCAGCUAUUGAGUAGUGAAGAGUACAAGAAGGUGCGAGAACUGCUUUGAGACAACCUUCAAUUAUUUAUUAUUGUCUUCUUCUUCGACUACUACUAUUUUUGUUUAUGAAUAAUUUGUGGCUAAUGAGUUGUUGAUUUUGUUCUAAACAUAUUACUAUUUGGACCAAGUUCUUGUAGACAUGAAUUUUUGCUGAGUAAUGAGUAAUUACACACAUGUUUACUAAA